UUUUUUCUGUUGCCUUGCCUCUCAACUCAGUCAAUCGUCAAACAAACUUUAACCUGUAUGUAUUCUAAAUGUUGCGUUGCGUUGGUCAAUGUACAAUAAUUUUUAAUUACUUUAUUUAAAUAGUUUUGUCUUUGUAAAAUUUGAAAAAUAAAUAUCGUUUCUCACCAAUUAUUAAAAUUAAAUAAAUAGUAAUGAAAUCGUAGACUUUGUUAAUUUGAAGUAGUAAAGAUAACUGUUUUACUUGAUCCUAAGGGUUAGGUUUACUUACCGGGUACACUACACAAGUAUGAAUAGCCCAGAAAAAAUGGAUUUAAUUAAGGAUUCUUGUGGAGAUAGUGACAGUGAAGAAUAUAUAUCAACAUCAAAGCACUCGGAACUCUCAGAGUUUGAUGUUAUAAUUGGCCACAUAGAAGAUAUUUUAGUUGAUGAUGAUUUUGAACACCUACAAAAGAGCUUUUUGGAAAAAUAUUGGGAAGAGUUUGAAAACAAGGAAGAAAACAAACUUAUCUAUAUGAGUAUUUUCAAAGAAUAUACAAAUUUGAUUGAGAAUCACUUAGAAGAGAAACUGAAACAAAAAGUGCCAGAGUUCUGUAUGAAGACGUUCACACAAAGCCUAAUGGAUAAGAAGAACGAGUUGGAAGGAGAAGUGUUUGAAAUGCUUUUUGCAUUCUCAGAUUUUCUUGCCUUCAAAGAAAUGAUCCUUGACUACCGAGCUAUGAAGGAAGGUGCUGUUGUCGACUUCAGCAAAGAUCUGCACAUAACACCUCUAAAAAACCAUCCAUCUGAACCAAAGAAAAGCAUUUAACUUUUAGUUGUAGAUUUUGUAAACAUUUAUUUAAUAAAAUGCAUAAUCAGUUGA